AUGGAGUCAAUUCCUCAAGGAGUGGAGAGAUUAACCGGUCUUUGGAUUUUGAGCGGUUUUAAUGCAGGAAGAGGAUCAAGUAAGUUGGGAUAUUUGAGAAAACUAAACCAACUUCGAGGAUCUCUACUACUUGAUCUAAGAGACUUGAGUGAGUUAGAAGACUUGGAUGACGCUAAGAAUGCAGAAUUAAAAAAUAAGAAAUACAUUCAAAAGUUGAGCAUAACUUUUCGUGGGGAGGUGAGAGUGGACAUAAUGGAGGCUCUUCAACCACCUCCAAACCUGCAUUAUUUUCGAAUGCAUGGAUACGAGGGCACCCAAUUGCCAGUAUGGAUCACCACGUCCCUUAACUAUUUAAGGGUGCUUAAUUUCUCAUCAUUUGGGAACUACUCAUCUUUGCCCCCGUUGGGAAAACUACCAAUGCUUGAGGAGCUUGAGAUAUCAGCCAUGGAUAGCAUGAAAUACGUGGGCAAUGAAUUCUUGGGGAUACUGGGGACUAUCCAUAAACUACCGUCUGCGGAAACUGCAUUCCCGAAGUUGAGGAAAUUGCUUUUUUCCGAAUGUGACAACUGGGAAAAGUGGGAGGAUAUAACUGGGGAUGAAAAAGACCAUCUCUCAAUAAUGCCAUGUCUCAGGGAGUUAGAAAUCGAUGAUUGCAACAAGUUAAAGGCACUGCCACAUUGCCUCCUUCGAAUGGCAUCGUCUCUGGAGUAUUUGACAGUUAAGAGCUCCUUAUGUCUAGCUUCGCUUUACGGGGACAGGACUGGAGACGAAUGGGACAAGAUAUCUCACAUUCCCCACAUUAAGGCCGAUCCCGAUGCAUUUAUUGCAAUGGAAUUGAGCAGAAUAGUUCCUGCAUAUGAAAUUGGUGGCGGAUCUUUGUGUUGA